AUGAAGACAUCAAGUCUUGUGUUGAUCCUCACCUUUAUCUCAAUGUGCAGCAUUUGCUUCGCACAGAAUUCUCCGAAAGAUUACCUUGACGAGCACAACAAAGCUCGUAAAGAGGUUGGUGUUAAACCACUGAAAUGGAACGAAACCCUUGUGGCCUAUGGACAGAAAUACGUGAACUCGAAGAAAAAAACCUGCGAAUUUGAGCAUUCUAUGGGGCCUUAUGGGGAGAACUUGGCGCAGGGUUAUGGUGAAUUUAGUGGUGUAGACUCGGUGAAAAUGUGGGUGGGAGAGAAGCCGAAUUAUGAUGAGAAGAACAACAAGUGUGUUAAGGACGAAUGUUUGCAUUACACUCAGGUGGUUUGGAACACCACAGAAAGUGUUGGAUGUGCUAGAACCAAAUGUGACAAUAACUGGAUGUUUAUCAUCUGCAACUAUUACCCUCCAGGCAAUUACAUCGGCUCACGACCUUACUAACAUUUUA